CGGGUGCCCCAACAAGCCCCCCGGCGACGACCCCGACGCAAUCGCCGGCGCCGGCCCUGGAGGAAAUGGAAGCGGCGGAGGUGGCCUCCUAUCGUUCUUAUUCCAAAUUGUUAAUUAAAAAAAUUUGCAACAAAAUAAAUCUUAUCACACUCUCCACGAUAUCUCCUCAGUUCUCUUCCUCUCUCCCGACAGACAACAUGUCUUCUUCACUUUCGGUUCUUCUGGCUCUCGCCGUCCUCUCCCCUCUAGCUCUCUCCAGGACCAUCACCACCGAAGACCUGGACACAGACCUCAGCUUCAUCAAAACCUGCAACCGCACGGUCCCCAUCAGCAUGAGGACCAUGAACGAAGUCCUCAUCAACAAGAAGCUGGCCCGGGGCGAAUCGAGCGCCUUCAAGUGCUUCCUGCACUGCCUGUUCACCAAGUACGGCUGGAUGGACGUGGACGGCGGGUUCUUGCUGCACGACAUCAAGCAGACUCUGGAGGAGUCCGACGUGGAGAUCGCCAGUUUGGAGUUUAUUUUGUACCAGUGUACGGCGACCGAGUCGAUCGACAGGUGUGAGCGCGCCUUUAUUUUCACGCAGUGCUUUUGGGAAAAAAUGGCCGAGCAACAGCCAUCCGAAGACCAGUUCUUCUACAACGUUGAUAAGAAGUGACGAAUUUUCAUAUUAUCGCCACCUACAUUUUCCAGGAAGUCGGGAGGUGAAUGAACUGAUAAAGUGUUUCUUUUAUUGUAAUUAAUUGGAAGGAAUAAAUAUUUUUUUAUGUG